AGGUAGUUUCAGUACCCAGUCAGAGUGUACCAUUGCCCUCUGGGAAAUUGAUUCUUUUUUAUUGAAUUUGGUGGAAACCCUUGGAAGUUGAAACUCCACACUCGUUUUUCUAACUCUUUUCUUUCUUUACAUAGUGAAAAGUGCUUCUAACCAUUUGAGGGUUUGGUCUGUGUUCUGUACUCUCUAUUCAACUCUCGCUGUCCACUUUCUCUCAAAACUGUUAAAGUUUGAAACUUUUCUCAUUUUUCAUUGUUGUUGUUGAAAUGGGGAGCCAAAAUUGUGAUGGUUGCAGAUCGUGGGCGGAGGACAUUUACUGGUCCCAUUUUCAAUUCCUCCAUUUUGUGCAAUUUCUCCGAACGGAUUAUGAGCAACGCCUUGCACUUCCAAAAACAUUUUCGGAUAACAUAAAGAAGAAGUUGCCAGAAAAUGUGUCCCUUAAGGGUCCUGGUGGUGUUGUGUGGAAUAUAGGGCUAACCACUAGAGAUGAUACCUUGUACUUUGCGCAUGGUUGGGAACAAUUUGUGAAAGAUCACUUGCUGAAAGAGAAUGAUCUCCUGGUCUUUAAGUACAAUGGUGAAUCUCAAUUUGAUGUUUUAAUAUUUGAUGGGGGGAGCUUCUGUGAGAAGGCAGGUUCUUAUUUUGUUCGAAAAUGUGGGCACACUGAGGAUGUAGGUGGAAGUCUUAAUAAGAAAAAGGAAACAGCUAAUUCUUUGGAUGAAGGUAAUUCCCCUUCAAAUGUUGCUGUGGAAUGUGCUUCACAUGAUAGAACUGUAAAUGUCAAUGGAAUGAAGGAGCCGAUGGAUGUGCCUUUUGAAACUCCUAUUGAGAAGACUUUCAAUGCGGGUGUUGAAUCUGCUGGUGCUGAGCAAGUAAUGCCUGGUGGCGUUACUAUUGCUUUUUCACCUGAUGCUGUACCAUCAGAAACUGUUAAUGGUAAAAGGGUCAGGAAGCUUGUUUCUGCUGUUAGGCAUGUCCAGACCAAGCGGAGGGGAAGACCAGCUAAAGUGUCUCAUGUUGUUCGUGAGAGAGCACUUGACUGGGUGACUGGNAGAGUAGAUGCUGCUGAACCCGCAUCUGCAGUUAAAAGUGCAGUUAAAAGUGGGACUGGGACAUAUGAGUUGUAUACCUCAAAUAGAAGGCCUGUCACAGAAGCUGAGACUAAAAGGGCCCAUGACUUGGCUCAGGCAGCACGUACCAACGACAGUUUGGUUGUAGUCAUGCGACCCUCGCAUGUGUACAAGAGAUUCUUUGUGUCAAUGCCCAAUAGGUGGAUUGGAGACUAUGUCUCACCAACAUCUCAAGAUGUUUUAUUACGCAUGGGCAAUGGUGAAUGGAUCGCCAGAUACAGCUACCAUGCUAUUCGGCACACUGGAGGACUAACUGGUGGGUGGAAACAUUUUGCCCUGGAUAAUAACCUUGAAGAGUUUGAUGUUUGUGUGUUUAAACCAGCUAGCAAAGAGAACGACACUUUGGUGAUUGAUAUGACCAUUUUUAGAGUUGUUGAGGAGAUUGUUCCUCUCACUGCCGUAUCCCCUGCUGGAACUGGAAGAAGGGGUAGGAAGCCAACAAUGAAGACUAUUCUGACAGAAACUUAGUCCAUCGUGAGGGGUAGGUCUUUGUAGGACUUAGUAGUUGUCUCUUAAGAUUACAGUCUAAGUUCACCAGUUAUGUAUAGCCUGAAUGUUGUGUUGGCUUGUCUAGUGGAUCAGUCUUAUAAGGAGGUAAUAUAACAUAUAUGUACUUUCUAAUGGUGUGCUAUUAGAGCCUCGUGGGUUAAUAUGAAUUCAUCAGCCAUUGCAAUUUGCAGAAUUUUUAGAAAAAUUGAGUUUCAACUAAAGAGAAACUAGGAAGAUGGAAAUAGUCCUGGGUUCUUGAAAUUUAA